AUGCCUUCUUCAACUAAAUCCUCUUUCUAUUUACCAUCUGUAAAUAUUACGCCAUAUCUACAAGAUCCUGACAGUUCUGAAGCUCAAAAAGUCAUUGACGAUAUUCGUACCGCUUGCAGAUCAACUGGAUUUUUCCAAUUGUUGGGUCAUGGAAUCCCUCGCACAUUGCAGCAAUCUGUCUUCGACGCCGGAAAGAGAUUUUUCGCCCUUCCAACAGAUGUCAAGCUUGGCAUGGACUGUCGACGUAAUGUAGGAUUUCGUGGUUACGAUGCUAUGGCGUCGCAAUCAUAUGAGUCUGGUGUUCUCCCUGAUCUCAAGGAAGGUUUCAUGAUGGGAACCGACAUGUCGGAGAACGAUUUUCGAGUCAUCAAUCGACGCUUCUUUAUGGGACCGAAUGUGUGGCCUCCUGAGUCUUUACUUAAGAAGGAAGACUUCCGCCAACCGCUCGAGACAUACUUUGAGGCCAUGAUGAAACUUUGCUGGACUGUAAUGGAUCUAGUGGCAGCAACUCUACCUUAUGGGCCAAAUAUCUUUGAUGAAUGGAAAGCCAAUGACCCGGCUUGUCCGUUCCGCCUCCUUCAUUACCCGCCUACGCCAGAGCCGGUCGAGGGACAGAAGCGACAACUGGGCAGUAGUGCACAUACAGACUUUGGGGCAAUAACACUUUUGUUGCAGGAUGAACAUGCCGGAUUAGAGAUACAAGAUCGAGAAACCGGGGAGUGGAUCCCAGUACCACCAAAAGAAGACGCAUACGUGAUCAAUAUGGGGGACAUGAUCAGCCGGAUUACAGAUGGGCAUUAUAAGAGCAGCAUUCAUCGCGUGAUAAACAGGAACAGUAAUGAUAGGUACAGUAUCGUCUUUUUCUUUGAUGGUAAUAUCGAUUACAAACUGCGUCGGCUAGACUCGAAGGUUCAAAGUGAAGAUGAGGCGCUCACGGUGGAGGAACACAUGGAGGAGCGCAGGAACACCACCUACGGGCUUAAGAAGAAGUGA